GCUUCGGAAAUAAUCAGUACUGGGACUACGGCUGAUCGUGAGUAGCGUCCCGCUACAAUCUCCGUCUACCCAGGAAAUCCAGUGACAGUGGGGAGUUAUUGACUCUUUCUCUAGAUAGCAAUGGUGAAUCAAGUGCAGCGGGUGGAUGGCAGCUUUCAGGCCUCAAAGAGCGACUCGAGUGGGGCCAGCAACAGCGGCGGCGAGAGCUCCAAGGACAGCUCCCGCUGCUCGACGCCUGUGCUAGACACUGAUCGCACAGACCGGCUGCGUGACAAGAUGCGACGGCGCAUGGAGUCUGGAGACCGCUGGUUCUCCUUGGAGUUCUUCCCGCCACGAACUUCCAACGGGGCCGUCAACCUCAUCUCCAGGUUUGAUCGCAUGGGCUCUGGUGGGCCUCUCUUUAUCGACGUCACCUGGCACCCUGCAGGGGACCCGGGAUCGGACAAGGAGACGUCUUCCAUGAUGAUCGCCAGCACCGCCGUCAAUUACUGCGGCCUGGAGAGCAUCCUGCACCUGACCUGCGCCAACCAGACCAAGGACCAGAUCACAGCUCACCUGGGCAAGGCCAAACGGCUGGGCCUCAAGAACAUCAUGGCCCUCCGCGGAGAUCCCGUGGCGGAUGUGUGGGAGGAAGAGGAAUGUGGCUUCAACUAUGCCACCGAUCUAGUGAAACACAUACGCUGGGAAUUUGAUGAUUACUUUGACAUCUGCGUCGCCGGAUACCCCACGGGCCACCCUGAAGCAGAGAGUUACGAGGUGGACCUGAAACACCUGAAGGAGAAGGUGGACGCCGGAGCAGACUUCAUCAUCACGCAGCUCUUCUUCCGGGCCGAAACCUUCCUCAAGUUUGCCAAGGAUUGUAGGGCUAUUGGAAUUACAUGUCCCAUCCUGCCCGGAAUCUUCCCUAUCCAGGGUUACCAGUCUCUGCGGCAGCUAGUGAAGCUGUCGAAGCUGGAGGUGCCUGAGGAAAUCACGAGCGUCAUCGAGCCGAUAAGAGACAACGAUGCCGCCAUCCGCAACUAUGGCAUCCAGCACGCGGUGGGCAUGUGCAAGGUGCUGCUGGAGAGCGGCGAUGUGCCCGGCCUGCACUUCUACACCCUUAACCGGGAGGUGGCUACGAUGGAGGUCCUGAAGCAGCUCGGUCUGUGGAUCGAAGAUCCCAGGCGACCCCUUCCCUGGGCAGUCAGUGCAAACCCCAAGCGCAAGGUGGAGGAUGUUCGGCCGAUCUUCUGGGCCUCCAGGCCUAAGAGCUACAUCUACAGGACCCAGGAUUGGGACGAGUUCCCCAACGGGAGGUGGGGCAACUCGUCCUCUCCUGCCUUUGGUGAGCUGAAUGACUACUACCUCUUCUACCUGAAGAGCAAGUCCUCCAAAGACGACCUGCUGAAGAUGUGGGGAGAAGAGCUGAUGAACGAAGAGAGUGUCUUUGAGGUGUUCACCAAUUACAUCACGGGGCAGCCUAAUCGCUGCGGACACAAGGUGAUGUGUUUGCCAUGGAACGACGACCCCUUGGCACCUGAGACUAACUUGCUGAAGGAUGAGCUGGAAAAGGUGAAUCGCCGUGGUAUCCUGACCAUCAACUCCCAGCCCAACAUCAACGGGAAGCCCUCCUCUGAUCCCAUUGUGGGCUGGGGACCUCCUGGAGGAUACGUCUUCCAGAAGGCAUAUCUGGAGUUCUUCACAUCUAGCGAGAAUGUGACUGCUCUUCUUAAAGUGCUGAAAAAAUACGAGCCACGUGUGAACUAUCACAUCGUUAAUGUCCAGGGUAAGAACACCACCAACGCUCCGGACCUGCAGCCUAAUGCUGUGACUUGGGGCAUCUUCCCAGGGAGAGAGAUCGUUCAGCCCACUGUGGUGGAUCCAGUCAGCUUUAUGUACUGGAAGGAUGAAGCCUUUGGCCUUUGGAUCGAGCAGUGGGCCAAGCUGUACGAGGAGGAGUCGCCGUCCCGCAUGAUCAUCCAGUACAUCCAUGACAACUACUAUCUGGUCAAUCUGGUAGACAAUGACUUUCCCUUGGACAGCUGCCUGUGGCGGGUCAUUGACGAUAUGUUUGAGCUAUUGGAUGCACCAUCGGAAGCCAUAGAAUAGCUCAUGCCUCACAAACAGCAGUGCUGCAAUGAGGGCAGGGCUGGCGAACGGGAUCCACGGAGAGGCGCUCUGGGUGCGGGUUUUUGGGAUGACCUCUGUCAGCCAAUCCCCAGGACUGGAGCUGAGAACCGCUGCUUUAUUACUGGCUGAUGGAAAGGUCAUCCCAACAACCCGCACCCUCAUUGGCUCUCCCUGGAUCAGGUUCACCGCUCCUGUAUGAGGGCAUCACCAGCUAGUCAUCUACAAACUGUUAGAGUGGAAUAUUUAUGUGUCAAGUAUACAAUGUAUACUUUUAUCUAUUUUACAAAUCAGGCUUAAUGUAGGAUUUUAAAAGGGAGCAAUAACUGGUUUGGAUUGAAUGAAGACUGCUCUUUUAGACGUCAGAGUGAGAUGUUUGUACUUGACUCAAUAUUUUAAUAAUAUCAUGCCUUAAAUACAAAAUUUCAUGGUCUUUUACAGGAAGCUAUUCAAUUCACAUUAUGCAUUACCUGUGAUUCUAUUUGCUAUAUACCUCAUUACAUAUAGUGCCAAAGUGAUAUAGUAUAAUAUGCCCAAAGUUGUGCUUAAAAACUUAAACUGUUUUAAUUUUUAUUCAGUUAUCAUUUUGUAUGAAGGUAUAACUGCAGGAUUUGUUCUGUAUAUUUUUUAUCAGCUUUUGUAUUUUUUUUUUUGACGUAUUUAUUGUUGCUGUGAUGCUACGUAAAUAGCAAUGAAUGACGUGUGUGUGCUCUCUCUCGUGUUUAAAAAUUAAUGUAAUGUCGCAAAUGAGUGAAUGUGAGUGUUAGAAGCUGAAGUAAGCUGCAGUCUUACUUGAAGUGUGGUUUGUAUUGAUUUGUGGGAUUAUAAAUGUGUUGGUUUAAAGUCCAAG